CUCCCGCUUCCAGAUGCGGUGAGGCGAGGCCUGGGAGAAGGGGACCCCGGGGUGCCGGGAUGCUGCCGGGAACCGCCGCAGACUCCCUCGUCCGACGCCUGGGAGCACCUCUCCCGCCUUGGGGAGACGAGAGAGCGAGGGAGCGAACGCACAGAGCAGGGCCUGCUCCUUUUUCCCCGGUACUGUUUGAUGAGUGUGAAAGGAUGCUUCACUGAUUUUCAUAUUGAUUUUGGUGGCACAUCAGUGUGGUAUCACGUUUUCCGUGGGGGGAAGAUCUUCUGGCUGAUUCCGCCUACUCUGCAGAAUCUAGAACUUUAUGAAGAAUGGGUUCUCUCGGGAAAGCAAAGUGAUAUCUUUCUGGGAGACAGGGUGGAACGAUGCCAAAGAAUUGAGCUGAAACAAGGCUAUACGUUCUUCAUUCCUUCAGGGUGGAUACAUGCGGUUUAUACUCCAGUAGAUUCUCUGGUGUUUGGUGGAAAUAUCCUGCAUAGCUUUAAUGUUCCCAUGCAGCUUCGCAUCUAUGAAAUUGAGGACAGAACAAGGGUGCAUGCCAAAUUCCGUUAUCCUUUCUACUAUGAAAUGUGCUGGUAUGUUCUGGAGAGAUACGUGUCCUGUGUGACCCAGCGCUGCCACCUCAGCAAAGAGUACCAGAAAGAAUCAAUGUUAAUUGAUGCAAAAAGAAAACACAGCACAGACAGCUAUUCAUCAGAUUCGUGGUUAGACAUGGAUGAAGAAUCUUGUGAUGCCCAUAUCCAGGAGGAGAAGGAUGACAGCUUGGAUAAGAACUCCAAAUCCUUGGUGGAUGGCUCCUCCUCACCCAACAGCACACACUCAGAAGGGAAGGAGGGUGCAGGAAGAAAACAAAAAGCCACAGUAAUGAGGUACCUAAAAAGAACUUUGUCUAAUGAGUCGGAUGACAGCGUAAAAUCAACGACCCCUACAGACUAUCCCAAAACACCAACGGGGUCUCCAGCUACAGAAGUUUCAACCAAGUGGACUCACCUCACAGAAUUUGAACUGAAGGGUUUAAAAGCCCUGGUGGAAAAGCUUGAAUCUCUCCCAGAGAACAAGAAGUGUGUUCCAGAAGGCAUCGAAGACCCGCAGGCUCUCCUAGAGGACAUGAAGAACAUACUGAAGGAACAUGCUGAUGAUGACCAAAAUCUUGCCAUUUCGGGUGUCCCUGUGGUCAGCUGGCCCAAGAAGACCGCAAAG